AUGGUGCAUCGACCGCAGUCACUGUCGUCGAAAGACGGCUUUGGCUGUCGAGAUCGAUCCCGUUCUGUCGCGCCACGUACUUACUGUCGUUCGCAUCGUCACUACCCUUCGUCCCUUCGCAAAAGGACGAUAGCAGCUCCCUGGUGUACGUUGUCCACUAUGUCGACUCUUCGCGGACACAAAGCACGGAUAACGAUUGCGCAAUUUGACGCCGAUCAAUACCGAGAUGACACCGCAGAUGCAGCUCCGUACGAUUCUACGUCGAAGAGGAGUGAAUUCUGCUGUCAAACGCGCGCGAUAGAAAACGCAUCAGGACUUCUUAGAGUCCGUUAUGACGCAUUGUUGUCCUUCGUUCGAAUCCAGGAGAAUUGCGAAGAACUCCAACAAGAAGUCGACCGCUUCUGGAAUGAUCAACAAGGCGAGAAGUUACUAGAAGACGCGCAAAUCCUUAUUACAGCUGUGGAUGCGCAACUUCUUAUGGACGAGUCGCUAGAAAACAUCCUGUCACAACAGCCCAGCGACGAAGUCGUUACUGCCACUGCCGCUUUGACCAUAUCAGAUACGAGCAGUCCACAAGAAGAUCAACAGGCUUCAGAACAUCACAAUCCGAACCAAGACGCACUGCCACUCAUGCCGAAUCAAGACGUUCCUAGUUCGAUGCUACAGCCGAUCCAACUACGCCGAUUGGAAUUGCCAACCUUUGAUGGAGAUGUCACGAAGUUCUACGAUUUCUGGUGCAGAUUCAAGACUGCAGUACAUGACAACACCAAUCUCUCGUUGUCGACCAAGUUCAUUUACUUGACCAAUUCGUUGAAGGGCAGCGCAGCACUCAUUGUUCAAGGCUAUGAUCCAUCGAAGCCAGAAAACUACCAACUUGCUGUACAAGCACUUCGUAGGCGAUACGAUCGCCCUAAGUUCACUCACAACCUUUUCCACCAGAGGUUGGAACAGCUGCCAGCGUCAAGCCAUUCAGCUUCAGUACAACGGGACACACUUUCCCAAAUUCAGUCUUUCAUUCUGCAACUCAAUCGUUACGAGGACACCACCACCUCGUUGGCACUCAUGAAGACGAUUUUGAAGAAGUUCCCUCGUGAAACGCAGUUGGAAGUCCACAAACUGGAACAUCGUUCAGGGAAAACAUGGACUUUACCAGAGCUUAUAGACGGCCUUAACGAAGUCAUCGAAGAGUUGGAAAAGCUGGAAGAUUGCACUAUCUCUACAUCUGGAUCCCAGCUUACUACCAACACCGUUUCCGUCAACAGCUCCCGAUCACCAACACCGGAGCCACGAUACGACCCCUCGAUGUGUUGUUUUUGCAAUUCAUACAAUCAUACAUCGACACGUUGCCACCGUUAUAUACCACCGGCAAAUCGUCGUAUCAUUGUUAGCUCCCUCAAUCUCUGUUGGAAAUGCUUUAAGCCAGGUCAUCCCAGUAGACUCUGUAGUCGAGGACCCUGUUCACGAUGCGGUGGAGAACACCAUCACCUUGUUUGCACUUACGACGUUCGAAGAAACCGCCUCACCGAAAUGAACAGAAGACGCUAUAGAAGAGAAUCCUCUGAUUCAACAUCGAGGAGCCAUUCCCGUGGACGUCAUCAUCGAAGAAGUUCAUCCCACGGAAGACGAGCUUCAGAUCCUCCUCUCGUGGAAGUUCUCCUUCAACGUAUUAGGGUCCUACGAGACAGCACACUUCUCCACGCGGCGAGACAUCACAUAGAGGGAGAACGUCCGAACAUCGCACGGUCCGUUUCCGGUCACCAAUACGUGAUGAUAGCAUACCGUAACGCAGUCCUACUGCAGGAAAUCGGACACAACGUCAAGAAUCCCCGUCUGAUGACAGUGGAAGCCUUAGCCGUAAACCCACAGGCUAAUAGCACCAUGUCAGUCACCCUUUUACUUGACACGGGUGCCCAACGAAGCUUCGUUCUACAAGAUACCAUUAACAAGCUUCAAGUUGCAGUCUCGGAGACAGUUCCACUCACCACAGUCACCUUUGGAGGAAUACGUACAACGGAACAUUCAGGAAUCGCGGACGUCACCCUUAUCGAUCAACAGAACAAGAAACUCCAGCUUGUCCUCCGUACUAAGGACAAAAUUACGAUUCCGUGUUCCCCCACGUCAUUGGGAUCGCCGACAACCCAGAUCCCUCCUUUGACCGAGAAGAAGACGCACAAGUACUUCAACGUUUCCAAGACACAGUCCAAGAAGUCGAUGGAUACCUCUAUGUGCAAUUCCCAUGGAGAAAAUCCCAUCCUAGGCUAG